AUGGUGAACAUGAGCACGGGCGUGAUCUUGAGCAUCCCAAUGAUCGACAUGCAGAAAUUUCCAGAUGAAGAGGAGUACAAGAAGCUAAGAGAGGCAUGCGAUGAAUGGGGAUGUUUCAGAGUGGUAAACCAUAGCUUACCCAAGAGCUUAAUGGAGGAGAUGAAGAAGGUGGCAACGUGUUUGCAUGAUCGUCCAAGAGAGAUCAAGAAACGCAAUGCUGAUGUUGUUAAGGGAAGUGGCUACACAUAUCUUCCUAUAAAUCCACUCUAUGAAAAUAUGGGUUUUCAUGACUUUGGAUCCUCUCUUGAUAUCGAUACUUUCUGCUCUCAGUUGGAUGCAUCCCCUCAUGACAAGGAAAUCAUGAAGGCAUAUGGGAAAGCAAUUCAAGAACUAGCGGUGGACAUAGCCAGAAAGAUAAAGGAAUGUGUUGUGGGGUUAUCAGAACCCGUUGAUUUUCAAGACUGGCGAUGCAAUUUUAAGAUGAACAAAUAUAGCUUCACCCCUGAGACUGUAGGACUCUCAGGAGUCCAUGAGCACACUGAUCCAGGGUUUCUCACAGUUGUUCAAGAUGAUGACCUUAUUGAUGGUCUUGAAGUCUUACACCUUCCCUCUGGUUCCUUUAUUCCAGUCCCUCCUUUAUCUGGCACCUUCGUUGUUAAUCUCGGGGAUGUUGCUCAUGUGUGGAGUAAUGGAAGGUUUCCAGGUGUGCAUCAUCGUGUGCUAUGCAAGGAAGGAAGGACCAGAAUUUCAGUAGUGGCAAGUUUGCAAGCACCAAGGCAUAGGGAUGUUGAAGUUGCAAAAGAGUUUGUGGACGCAGACCACCCCCCUCUCUUUAUGCCUUUCACUUUCGAACGUUACAUUGAGUCUCGUUGGGCCAAAAAUAUGAGAGUUGGUGAAGCGCUUGACUUCUUGCGUGUUGAUCACCCUUCAAAUACUGUUUCAGCUUGA